UAGAAACAGGGGCAGAGUGAGAGCCAGAAGCAAGCCAAAAUGAUGGAGGAGCAGAAAAGCCCUGAGUAAGCAGAGAGAGUUGGUCCACAGAGACAAUGGAGCAGCCGCACAGAGAGCAGUGCAGCCGGGAGAAUAUGCAGCCCCAGAGGGAGAGGUGGAGAGAGACAGCAACCAUCUGAGAGGCUGAUGGCUUCCCCGUUUCGGACUCCAGCCCCAGUGCACCCUGCCUGCGCGUUCUUCCCGGUGUUCAAGAAGGCGAGCCCGAAUGGAAAGCUCACCGUCUAUCUGGGAAAGCGGGACUUUGUGGACCAUAUUGACCUCGUGGACCCUGUGGAUGGUGUGGUCCUAGUGGAUCCUGAGUAUCUCAAGGAGAGGAGAGUCUAUGUGACACUGACCUGCGCCUUCCGCUAUGGCCGGGAGGACCUGGAUGUCCUGGGCCUGACCUUUCGCAAGGACCUGUUUGUGGCCAAUGUGCAGUCCUUCCCACCGGCCCCCGAGGACAAGAAGCCCCUGACGCGGCUGCAGGAGCGCCUCAUCAAGAAGCUGGGCGAGCACGCCUACCCUUUCACCUUUGAGAUCCCUCCGAACCUUCCGUGCUCUGUGACAUUGCAGCCGGGGCCUGAAGACACAGGGAAGGCCUGUGGUGUGGACUAUGAAGUCAAAGCCUUCUGUGCGGAGAACCUGGAGGAGAAGAUCCACAAGCGGAAUUCUGUGCGCCUAGUUAUCAGGAAGGUUCAAUAUGCCCCAGAGCGGCCUGGCCCCCAGCCCACUGCCGAGACCACCAGGCAGUUCCUCAUGUCGGACAAGCCCUUGCAUCUGGAGGCCUCCUUGGAUAAGGAGAUCUAUUACCACGGAGAACCCAUCAGCGUCAACGUUCAUGUCACCAACAACACCAACAAGACAGUGAAGAAGAUCAAGAUCUCGGUGCGCCAGUAUGCGGACAUUUGCCUCUUCAACACAGCUCAGUACAAGUGCCCCGUGGCCAUGGAAGAGGCUGAUGACACAGUGGCUCCCAGCUCAACGUUCUGCAAGGUCUACACGCUGACCCCCUUCCUGGCCAACAAUCGAGAGAAGCGGGGCCUUGCCCUGGAUGGGAAGCUCAAGCAUGAAGACACGAACCUGGCCUCUAGCACUCUGUUAAGGGAAGGAGCCAACAGAGAGAUCUUGGGCAUCAUCGUUUCCUACAAAGUGAAAGUGAAGCUGGUGGUAUCUCGGGGCGGCCUGUUGGGAGAUCUUGCAUCCAGUGACGUGGCCGUGGAGCUGCCCUUCACCCUAAUGCACCCCAAGCCCAAAGAGGAGCCCCCACAUCGAGAAGUUCCAGAGAAUGAGGCACCAGUAGAUACCAAUCUCAUAGAACUCGACACAAACGAUGAUGACAUUGUGUUUGAGGACUUUGCCCGUCAGAGACUGAAAGGCAUGAAGGAUGACAAGGAGGAGGAGGAAGAUGGUACCGGCUCUCCACAGCUCAACGACCGAUAGAUUGGGGCUGACCCUGCCCCCGGGCAGCUCCAGGUCCACUCUCCUGCACUAGGCUGUCCAUUUGCCUUCUUCCCAUUCUGGUGCCCCCUCCCCUUUGUUCUUCCAGUUUCUACCAGGGGGCCCAGUGGUCUUCCAGGUCAUGGUGAUGAACCUCUGGCCUGAGAAUGGGCCUCAUCACCAUGCCAACAGAGCCACAUGCACGACCUUCACUCCUCUCACUGCAGUCGCCUCUCCAUUCCCCCUCUUUUCUUGCUGACCCCCAGGAAGGCCAUCAUGGCUCUGGCCUUGGAAUUUGACUUGGGAUGGGGAGCAGAGAAGGGAGGAUGGGGCAUGAAGGGCUUGGAGGGGUGGGGAUGAGGGCUCAAGACACGUGAGAUGAUGUCCACAGUCCCAGGUGGUUAAUACAGUCUGGCAGCUAAAGGAUGACCACAUUGAAGGCCGCCCUCUUCUGGCUGGUUGAACAGACUGUGGAUAGAUUCUCAACGCCGUUUUGCAGUUCUGACCCACCAAACACCUCUCCCUUUCUACCCUGUCCCUGCCCCUGUGUCUGACAGUGACGUUGGCAUAGACCCCAGGAGUGGAGAAUAGCCACUGGACUGACUUUCUUACCAGCAGUUACCUAGUCUAAGGCAAACUGUGGACUAGCUCAAGUCUAUUUCAGUAUUGUCAGAUGUAACAUACUAGCUACCUUAUAUCUUAUGUGUGUGUUCUAUCUGUAAAUAUGCACAGAGAGAGAGAAGGGAGGGGUCUUCAGAAAAUUCCAAUCCUUGAAGAGUGAGCCAAAGUUCCUGAAGUUUCCUGAAGGGUGGCUCUGAGAGAUGGGGGCAGGGGUGGGAAGGUGAGAAUUUGCCCUAUUCCCUUCCUUUGUGGACUUAAGAGCAAUUGGUGAUCCCACAGGAAAUAAGGCUAGAGGUCCAGAGAAGACUGGGGCCACCUGUGUCCUGCCUCCCCUUGCAGUUCUCCAGGGCUGGGCUGGGCUGGUGCUGCAGGCUGGGAGAGAGUGCCUGAGGCCACUGUAUCCAUAGUCAAAGUCGGGGGGGGGGAGGAGGUCCUUCCCUAGAAGGUGGCAGGGUCCAUUGGGAUGCCCUCACCUAAAAGGAAGGGAGCUGGUAGGCAGCAAGGAACCCUUUGUUUCUUUGGGGAGUUGAUGACCACCCCCAGUAAUUCCCAGUGUCAUGGGGACCCAGUAGCCAUUGGCUGGUGUUGGUGUGAUUGGGACCUGGGGUGUUUCCAGGGCAAUAGGACAGGUAGAUGAUGAGGUAGAAAGUGUUCAAAGGUAUCCGUUCUAGUAUGGCCUUUGAUGCUAACUUACUGUGUGACCUUGGGCAAGUUCCUUUCCCUCUCUCGGCAUCAGUUCUUCACCUAGAAAACCACGGGGUUUGACCAGACGAUCACAAAGGGCCCUCCAGCUCUGGCCUCUAAGAAUUUGUAAAUGUUAAAGCUUCAUCAGACCUCAGAGGUGGCCGGGCUAUGGAGAGCUCCUGCUUCCAACCCCAAGCCUGCAAAGGGCUCUUCUUGGGUCCCUGGAGGGUUGCCUGAUAUCAAGAUGUGGUCAUAGCUAACAUGAGCUGCUUGCCCCUAGGGUCCGAGUAUUACAAAAGGACAGAGCUUGUAUUUGCUGAGGCUUGGGGUGGGGGAGGCUUGUGAUAGGGCCUCCAGGAGGUCCCAGCUCCCUGUGGAUGCAGACACCUCAGGUUUACCUUAAGCACAAGCAAAUAUAUUGAUUUGUAGCGCAAGGGACUCUCUCCUCAAUUCCUGCUCCCUUCUAGCCCCACCCCAUACUUUUCUGAAAAGGAAGAUAACAAAAGUUUAUUAUACAAGUUGAAUUUCAACACUUUGCAGUCCAGCCCCUCCUGGGGUGGACUAGGCAACCAUUUUUCAUGGUGAGAUUACCCAGUUCCCAUGCUUGGCACUACACCCUACCCCUUCCCUUCUGAGUCUCAUGAAGACUCAACCCCAGAGACCCCUGCCCCAGGUCAGAACCAAGUCAGCUCGGGAUAGUCACACUCCCCUGGCCACCCUGGCGUCCUAGCUGCAGGUGUUCGGGCAUCCAACCCCUACCAGAGCUUGCUUGGCAGUUUGCACCUCAUCAGGCAGCUGUAGAGCUGAUGAAAUGCUGGAACAAUGCACGACAAGCAUAUGGUCUCUAGUGUCUUCCUCUGGAACCUUUGGGGCUCAUAUGAGACCCUUUAGGAUUUGGGAUGAUCACUCCCCUACAAGCCCCUGCUCCCCCAUCCUUAACCUGUGCACACAAAAGACUUGUCAGGCUGGUUUCUUGGGCUUCCUCUCCCUUAAUAUCUCACACUUUUGGGUUUAUCCUAGUGUUUACCUGAAAUUUCUCCAGCUGUAGAAAGCAUCAUAUCCCCAUCUAGCCUUUUAUUCUUUGGGGCACAGGACUGCAGAAGGGCAGUGGUCAAGUUCAUUUGAAUUUGGCUUAACCAUCUUUGGCUGGUAACUGGAGUCACAGAGAUGGGUCAGUCCUAGCCCCUGUCCUCAGGAAGCUCAUGGCCUGGGGAAAGCCAUGUGGGGAGGAACGGAGCCAUCAUUCAGAGCUCCAUGGCUGCUGCUAAUCCAUAUAGUGCCUUGAUGUGAAUUAGAAAUGGUGUCCCUUCCAGGUGGACUCGGCCGAUGUUAGAAUGUACAGCUUUGUGAAUGGCGCACAGGCUGGAGUUUAGCUCCACUUGCCCCUGGGCCACGCCCCCUGCUGCAUAGCCAUGUGCGGUCGGUUGCCCAGGGAACUCUCAGGCCAGAGUGUUUCCUCUGGCCGCUUCCUAAGAGAAACGCCCACAUCAUCUUUCCAAGCUUCUGGUUGGCUCCAGACCCCACUCCUCCUGUAGACCCCAAAUAUGACUGAGUCCUUCUCUGUAGGGCCCCUCUCCAUCUGGAAUCAUGUGAAACCUUGGAGAGAAUCUGGGAGUUGGGGAGCCCCACUGGGGCCCAGGCACCAGCCCGUAGUGCCAGCUCUUUCUGUGCACACAUUUGAGGCCUGUGCUGACCAUGAGCACCACACUGGGACUUCCCAGCGGGCCAUGAGGGUGGCGUGUAAGUAGCAGUCUAGGCAGGAAGAGCGUGGUCUGGAGUGACAAUCCCCAGGCAGAGGGCCAGCUGGACUCCUCAACAUUCCAGCUAUGAGAACUUAGUGUCUGCGAAGCUAAGGACUGGGUUAUUUGGCUGGACUCCACGUGUCUCCUCAGCCUCAGAGCCCACACAGGCGAGAGUGCGCUCACUUGGGGUGUUGGUUUAACUGGGGGAGCUGCUGACAAGCUGGUUCCCAUAUGGUGCAGUGACAAGCACACUGCCUGUAACUCCACAAUGCUCCUCAGUUCUGGCUGUCACCAACCAGCUGAAUGUUUUUGAGCAAGUCACUCAACUUCUUGGGCUUGUUUCCCUGACUAUAAAAUGGGACGGUAAUCCCUUCCCCACCUGACUCAAGGAACUGUGAGGCCCAGAUGGGUGAAAGUCAGUUGAGAUGAAAGUCAGCCCUGUAAACUGCAAAUGGCUGCACAAUCCAUGGCCCUGCCACCUCGGGGGAGUGCCCCAAGGUCACACAGAAUUUCGUGGGCUGAGCCCUCCUUCCAUGGGCCUCAUCUCUUGCCUGCUUCUCAGUUAGGUGGGUGUCAACCAAAAUGAGAUGCAUCUAAUUUGGCUUUGGUGACCGAGCUGAGAAGGCAAUUGAGACACUAUUUAAGAAUGCCAUGCCCACAGAUAGUGGUCCCAGCAACCAUGACAGAGACAAAACAUGGGUAUUGUCAGUGACUGGGGCGAGGGGCAUCUUGCAGCCUCCCAGGCUUGGCGUCACCCACAUUUCCCAUCUCUCAGACCCCACAGAGGCCAGGAAGCCUUGACUCUGGUGCCAGGUUAGGGAGAGCCCCCAGCUCCAUCAAAGAACCCCAAGGGUGAGGUAGGAUAGAAAUUGCCUGCCCCCUCCCUUCAAAGUACAAGGCCCCCUUCAGGGUCAACGGGAGCUGCCAGAGCUUCUUAGUGACACUUGGGAGAUAUUUGGGUUUGGGGAAAACCCAGGCCUCUUGUGCUGAGAGUUGAGCCCCAGCUGACCUGUCCCCCAGUGGUUUCUUUAACCCACAAAGGCAGCUUCCGUCCUGCCAGUGACUGGGGACUGGACAUUCUCCACUCAUCCUAGAGGAAGGCAUUAGGCUCCACUCUUGAACUCCUAUAGGGUUUCAUGGACAUAGACCUAUACCUGUUCUGAUACUUUUUAAAGUCGACAAGGACCAAAACAGACUCCUCCCCCACCCCUCGUGUAUAAGCCUGCACUGGGUCUGCGUUUUGUCAUCUUGGCCCAGGUAGCUCCAUCACUUUGUCCUCCCUCCAGGACUGAAACGGCCUACCUGUUGGGGCAGGAUCACCACCUCUGAUACACUCUUGCAGGGUCACUGCACAGUGGCUUCGAAGAGAGGCCUGUUGAAGGAGGAGCAUCCACCCACCUCGUCACUCUUCCCCAACUCCACUCCAAAAGAGAAGUCAAAGCACAGGUCCCUGCGACCCAUGAUCUGCAGACACUGUGACACAGUGUUUUCAAACCAGGUGCUGUGGAACCCUUGGUAUCCCACAGAGCUUUGUCAGGAGCUGCUAAGGUGGGAAGAGAGGGGUGGAGGCAUAGGAUAGGUCUCCAGCCCGCCCCCCAUUCCGACUUCCACCAGGACAACUCUGCUUUUAUCCAUCUUGCCUAUUAAGGUUUUACCUUCAAACUUUGUUUUGAAGACAAAAAUUCUUCAAACCACCAUUCUGAGGUUUGAUCUUAGACCAGCAAGCACAGGUUCUACCCUUGCUUUUCAUGUUGGAAUGUCCCUAGCAUUCCAAUGCAAAGUAUCUUUGUUACACACACACACACAUCUGAUGAUUUUUUAGCCCCCCACCCUGAAGUGCUGACCUAGGCUUGAUUUGGGCAGAGGCCUGGUGCUCAGUGAGGAUGGACCUUGACCCUGAUACUGGCCCAUGCAGCGUGGGGUUUGUGGAGCAAGGAAACAGGCUUAGCCCUCACCCCAGGACUUGUGUCUGCACCCCAGUAUGACACACAACUCUCCUGGCCCAGGACCAUUGGAUGACAGAAGGAAUAGUGUGAUGGGAGAAGAGAAACUAGAGUCAGAUUCUUCUUUAUAUACAACCAGAUAGAUGGCAGUCCGGGUUUCAUAAAAGAGAUACUGAGGCAGGACUUCAUGACAAAAGUCCCACCUGUGAGAGCAGGAUCUGUCUAUAGACCUUUUCGGCAGCGAGUUGCCCUCCGGCGAUUCUAAUAGGAUUCCACAUCCACGUUUGUUGACAACCAAGUGUGUGGCCACAGGAGGAUGCCUUCAAAAGAGGUUGGUCCCCCAUCUGCAGUCUCCAGAAUUCUCUUCCUGCCAGCCUGCCCUCUGCCCAGGCCCCUCACCGGGGGGGCUGACUAAGGGGUGGGCACUUUAAUGAGACCUGGGCCUGCCCUUGGCACAGAAUCCUGCCUGCCCCACCUUCAUCUCCGCAGGGCAUUCUAGAUGAUAAUGUGAGGCUUAGGGCACAGCAAGCCAUGUGGCAUGGGAGAAAGUGCCAACUGGUGUUCUACGAAGAGUCCAAGUAUGCCCUUGGGAACCCACUGACCUCAGUUUCUCCAUGUGUAAGAUGGGGCUAGUACCAGACUCUGCCCACUGCGCAGGGAUUACUGCAAGGGUCCUAGGAGGGGGUGGGUAUGAGAGGUGGUGUCGUAAGAGAGGUGGGAGCCUCACAAACUCGGACUGCGGUCAUGGCCUGCACUGCAGAUCAGAGCACUUGGGAAUGAGUACAGGUUGCACUGUCUUAUUUACAUCUCUGCUCAGUGUUAAGGUCUGGCCACAGACACUGUCACGGGGGGUUCCCUCUUCCUACUCCAUGGGAGCCAGCUCUCAGCCUGACACAGUGACUGUGUGUGGGCCCUGGGAACGGGGAGUGACAGGUGGCUGGAACUGUGUCUCCAGAUCUGUGGACUCUUCUGUUCAGUGAUUAUUUUGUGACACCCUCAUUCUUGGGCCACCUGCCAGGUUUAUUUGUUGUACUGGUUGCAUUCCUUAUUAUGUCAGAUAAGUUAUUACAGUUUAUUCAACUCUAACAGGACAAAUGAACAAAAGAAGCAUCAAUAGGAGACCAUUAAAGAUCCUUUGUGA